CUAUGUGCGCCAAAGUUGGCCACUUAAACUCCUCUCAGGCUGCAAACAGGAGCUGUAAUCAAAACUAGCAGAACCUCUCACUAAUAUUUACUCACAGCUGAUUCAGAGCACAUUUCAUGCUUUACUCUGCUCUUUUGUUUUUGGGUGUCCACUGAAAGAAUCUGACUUUUUUCUUCCUUUCUGGCAUUGUGCACUGCAGUGUAUGCGUGUUUGGAUUCCUUUUGAAAAUUUUGGGACUUGUUACAGUUUCCACGCCGCAAAAAAACAACACUGGAGCUUUUUUGUGUGAUUGAUUGAUUGAUUAAUAAUUAUAAGUAAGAGUUUAAAUUGGUUGGGAGUAGCUGGAAUGGCUACUUUACCAGGAACAGUUCCUCGAAUGAUGCGUCCAGCACCAGGCCAGAACUACCCACGAACCGGAUUCCCAUUAGAAGUCUCAACGCCUCUGGGUCAAGGUCGAGUCAAUCAACUCGGUGGAGUUUUCAUCAACGGAAGGCCUCUGCCAAAUCAUAUUCGACACAAAAUAGUGGAAAUGGCACAUCACGGUAUCCGACCCUGUGUGAUCUCCAGGCAGCUGCGGGUCUCACACGGCUGCGUGUCCAAAAUCCUCUGCCGGUACCAGGAGACCGGGUCUAUCCGUCCGGGUGCUAUUGGUGGAAGCAAACCGAGGCAAGUUGCAACACCCGACGUUGAAAAGAGAAUUGAGGAAUACAAGCGUGAGAAUCCAGGGAUGUUCAGCUGGGAAAUCCGGGAUAAGUUGCUGAAGGACGGGGUGUGUGACAGAGGCACGGUUCCUUCAGGUGAGGCCUCUUCCGUUAGCUCCAUUAGUCGAGUUUUGAGAGCUCGUUUUGGCAAGAAAGAUGACGAUGACGAGUGUGAUAAAAAAGAUGAAGACGGAGAAAAGAAAACCAAGCACAGCAUCGACGGGAUUCUCGGAGAUAAAGGUAAUCGCACGGACGAGGGUUCAGACGUGGAGUCAGAGCCAGACCUUCCUCUGAAGAGGAAACAGAGACGCAGCCGUACCACCUUCACGGCGGAGCAGUUGGAGGAGCUGGAGAAGGCCUUCGAGAGGACACACUACCCUGACAUAUACACCAGAGAGGAGCUCGCACAGAGAACCAAACUGACUGAGGCUCGUGUACAGGUCUGGUUUAGCAACAGAAGAGCAAGGUGGCGCAAGCAAGCAGGAGCGAAUCAGCUGGCAGCUUUUAACCACUUGUUGCCUGGAGGGUUUCCACCCACCGGUAUGCCAACUUUACCCACCUAUCAGCUUCCAGAGUCAUCUUAUGCCAGCACCACUCUCUCACAAGACGGCAGCAGUACGUUGCACCGGCCGCAGCCUCUUCCUCCCUCCUCCAUGCACCAGGGCGGGCUCUCGGCUGACAGCGGCUCCGCCUACGGCCUCUCCUCCAACCGCCACACCUUCUCCAGCUAUUCAGAAACCUUCAUGAGCCCGACCGCUUCCAGCAACCACAUGAAUCCCGUGAGCAACGGCCUUUCGCCACAGGUGAUGAGUAUUUUGAGUAACCCCAGUGCCGUCCCGUCUCAGCCGCAGCACGAUUUCUCCAUCUCUCCUCUGCAUGGUGGUCUGGAAGCGUCCAACCCAAUCUCUGCCAGCUGCAGCCAGCGCUCAGACCCCAUCAAGAGUGUGGACAGUCUGGCCUCGACUCAGUCCUACUGUCCCCCGACAUACAGCGCCACCAGCUACAGCGUCGACCCCGUCACUGCCGGAUACCAGUACAGCCAGUACGGCCAGACCGCUGUGGACUAUCUGGCUAAGAACGUGAGUCUGUCUACUCAGAGACGGAUGAAGCUGGGCGAUCAUUCAGCGGUGCUGGGACUCCUGCAGGUGGAGACGGGACAGGCCUACUGAAUCUGACCAUACAAACACACACAAGCAGCUCCUCCGGUGUGUGUGUCAGGAUUUUCCUCUGAUUUACAAUCUGUCAUGCUCAAUCUGCCAUGAUUCUGGUCUCUUAAACAAGACAAGAGGACCAACAGCAGAUGCGCAGACGGACGCCAAGAACACACACACAUGAGCCAUUUCCAAAACUAACUGUGUGCAUAGUCGUGUGUGAAUCUCAGUGUCAUUACAGCGCUUGUUUUCUAUCUAUAUUGUUAUUACGAUUGCCCUUACAGUUGUUGUAAUUAUGAUUAUGCUAACUAUUGUUUCGUUUCGUUGUUUCCAGAUCCACACGUAGCAUUUGUUUUACUCAUUUGAACCCGAAAUUUUGUACGUGAAAUGCUGACAGUGGCCUAAUACUGGGAUUGAGUAUUUGCGUGUGUGUGUGUGUGUGUGUGUGUGUGUGUGUGUGUUGAAAGUGUGACUGCUGGUUUUCCACUUUCGAGCCGUAAUGUUCCUGAGUGAUUUGACCUUCUCAGACUUCAUAUUUCACUCGACAUUCCAUACAAACUUGGCCACUCUGUGGGAAGUCUGGCUUUCUGCUGGGAAUUAGCAGAGAUUUUAGAGGACCAGCCUUGUUAUUUCUCUUUUCUCAAAUGCCCAUUAUGUGCUUUGAAUGAUCUGUGGAGACAGAAAAAAUAGAAAUACAGUUGAAGCCAGAGUUUUUAGUCCCCUAUUUAUUUUUUACCGCAAUUUCUGUUUAACGGAGAGAUUUUUUUCAACACAUUUCUAAACAUAAUAGUUUUAAUAACUCAUUUCUAAUAACUGAUUUAUUUUAUCUUUGCCAUGAUGACAGUAAAUAAUAUUUGACUAGAUAUUUUUCAAGACACUACUAUUCAGUUUAAAGCAGGGGUCACCAAUCUUGGUCCUGGAGGGCUGGCGUCCCUGCAGAGUUUAGCUCCAACUUGCCUUAACACACCUGCCAGGAUGUUUCAAGUAUACCAAGUAAGACCUUGAUUAGGUUGUUCAGGUGUGUUUGAUUAGAGUUGGAGCUAAAAUCUGUAGGGCAUCGGCCCUCCAGGAACAAGAUUGGUGACCCCUGGUUUAAAGUGACAUUUAAAGGCUUAACUAGGUUAAUUAGGCAAUUUAGGCUAAUUAGGCAAGUCAUUGUAUAACAGUGGUUUGUUUUGUAGCCAAUCGAAAAAACAUAUUGCUUAAGUGGUCUAAUAAUGUUGACCUUAAAAUGGUUCAAAAGAAUUAAAAACUGCUUUUAUUCCAGCCGAAAUAAAACAAAUACGACUUUCUCCAGAAGAAAAAAUAUUAUAGGAAAUACUGUGAAAAUUUCCUGGCUUUUUUAACAUCAUUUGGGAAAUAUUUUAAAAGAAAAAAAUAUUCAAUGAAUAAUUCUGACUUCAACUGUAUUAAAAAAAUAAAAAUAAGUACAUUAUUUUAAGAAAACAUUUAAAAGUGACAAAAACUUGUAAACAUUCAUAUCAAAAUGCAAUGCAACAUUUAUCAUUCCACUGAGAUAAUACAGUUAGAUUUUAAAAGCUAAGUCAAAUUUGUUGAAUGUACAAGUGGUUUUUAGACCAAACGGUUUCUUUAUUUUAAUGUUUUUUUGUUUUUUUUUUUGGGGGGGGGGGA